UUUAGAGAGAAGAGCCAAGGGCUGUGGGAUUUUACCAUAUAGCGUUGCAAUCUUUGUUUCUGAAGUUGUGCUAAUGAUUAAAUAGUAGAUGAACUAAUACUUAAUUAGUUGCACUAAUGCUCAGUGUUACAUCUCUGCAUGUCGGUGCAACACAAGUGUUUAAAGACCUUUCUUCCUCUCAACUGCUGGAUAAAGAAGAAAGGGAGUUGGGAUCUCUUUACUCUUCCCUCCCUGUUGCUCACUGCUGCUGUUAGUGCCUUUUAUCCACCCAAGUGCAUCACUGCUUCUAGUUUUUUUCAGCAGAAAAGUUAGAAAGUGAGCUGAUGGGUCCUGGUCCUUUCAUUCUCCCCCAUUCCUGCACUAAUGCGUGCAUCUCAGGUUCCUGGUCUCAUGAAACCUGUUCUUGUGAAUCUAGGCAGAGAAUCUGGAUUAUAGUUAGGCACUUGGCUCAGCAGAACUAUUGCUUGGUUUUGUCUAUUCGUUGUAGUUGAGGCUGAUUCCAGUGAAGUUUUGGAUGAGUCCUAAUUGAUGCAAAGUGGAGAGUUUUUACAUAAGGUACAAUUAAGUGUGUACUUCUAGUAUGUUUAAAAAGUUUUCAGUGCUGGUUUGUUCUGACGCAACUCAGCAUAACUCUGGUUUUGAUACUUUUUUCUCUCUAUUCCUACAGACUUUGGCUCUAAAGCAUAUUAAGCAAAUUAAAUAACCACAACAAAUAUUUGCCCACAUGCUGGGGCACAGUCAUUUGGAGUUACUGAUAGAUGUUUGGUAGAUUUUAGGAUGUCAUUGGUGUCCUUCUUUCUACCUCCACCUUAAGCAGGAUUGGAUCUUCCCCACCCUCCCCUGAUUUCUGGAGUGUCUACAACAACAUCCCUCCCGUGACGAGUUUGCCCCUGAGAUGCAGUUACCACCUGAUGCGUGGAGAAAGACGGCCCCUAUGGGAAGAGGAAAGCAAUGCCAAAGGAGGUAUAUGGAAAAUGAAGGUCGCUAAAGAAAGUACGGCAGCAGUUUGGAAAGAGCUCCUGUUAGCAACUGUUGGAGAGCAGUUCACAGACUGCUGUGCUGCAGAUGAUGAAGUCAUAGGGGUGAGCAUCAGCGUUCGUGACCGUGAAGAUGUUGUACAAAUCUGGAAUGGGGAUGCCUCCUUAGCAAGUGAAGCAAAAGUGUUAGAAAAGAUACAUAAACUUCUGCCUCACACCUCUUUCAGAGCCGUGUUUUACAAACCACACAGAGAGCACCAUGCCUUUGAAGGCCGACGUGGGAGGCAUUAAAUGCAGCCUUACGUUUGUCACUUGCACUGUGGUGAGGUGUCUGAGUGAGAAGGACAGCAGGAGGCCCUGCAGAAACAUAACAUGUCAUGGUCCUCUUGAAUUUUAUGCUUCUCAUUGGGCUCUUGCUACUGAAAAUGAGGAAACACAGUUGGCCCUGACUGCUAAAUGUGCCAUUCACGACUUUUUUGCUUAAUUGUGAUUUUAAUUCAUUGGAUUUUUUUUCUUUAAAAAGUUAUUUGGCCACUAUUUUUUUCCAUCAGAUCAUUUGAUUCCUAUGAAGAUACAACACUUUGGAUUUUUCUGAACUGUUUGUAGUUAAAUGCAAACAUGCACAAACGUUGGAUGCUGCUUUUUUGAGAUGGAGGAAUACUGCCUGGGUGAAAUGUGUUUCAGUUUUCCUUUUGAGACAUUCCUAUCAUAUGAAGAUUUACUCCCUGUCUUUGUCCCGGGAGAUGAAGGAGUUGCAUGGCAUUAUCCUCACAGGCUCUUGCACUGACAACAGCACACAUCCUGCAAAAGUAAAUAGCAAAGUAUUCACUGAAUGGGCAACUGAAGAGAUGCAUUUAUAUGGUCUGACCCCGGGUGAGAUGAUGUUGAAUGUUUAAAGUGUGGUGACUCCCAAAGAACCCUGGUGCAGGCUAGGAGUUAGAGAUUUUGCAGUAAGAAACCCUGUGAACCCCUCACCUCCAAUUUAUUUCAGAAAGGAUGGUGCUUAUAAUCUUUUCAGCUUAUGAUCUUUCUCUGUACAUUCAUGACAGAAGUCACAAAUUCUUUCUAACCCAUUUGCCUAACCUGAUUCAUCCCUCAUGCUUCUGGAGAUGUCAGGCCUGCACCUGUAGAGGCUCAGAUCAGAAGUGCUGUUCGCUUUGGUGCAAAGGAAGAAGUUCUGUCACUCGUACUUCCAAGCUGUCAUGGCUCUCCAGGUCACCUAUUUUCUUUAAUUUACAGGAAACAAAUGGAUUUUGUUUUGUGGCAUGAAUGUGAAUAUUAACUGCAUUAAUCUGUAAAUGUUUGUGUUAAUUGAGGUGCUGGUUUGCUUUACUGUUCUACCAAAGAUUAAUUUAUCUCCUUGUGCAAGAAGAAGCCAUAAGAUAGAGAAGGAUUUGCACUCUGCUCAGCAUUGCUUUGUGGGCAAGAGUUCUUGUUUGGCAACUGGUCCAACGGCACUGAUCUCCACAUGUUUUAAGAAGCAGCCAUUAGAAUCAAAUGUAGCAAUAAGAAUUACACAUAGGAGAGGUUGGUUUUUUUUUUUUUUUUUUUUUUUUUUUUUUACAACUUUGUAUUUAUGAAUUCAAACUGUGCAGUUAGUGAGCAUUAUUAAUUAAACAAAGCUUUGAAAAUCCAA